AUUUUUUCUAGUUCCCCACUUUGUCGUUUGUCCUUUUGUAAAUUGCAAGGUACUUUCUGUUUCUGUCAUAUAAAUUGCAAGGUACUUUCAAAGUUGGAAGUGCUGAAAGACCCAAAGGUCAAUGCUAUAAUCUUUAUUUAAUUUUUCUACUCUCUAUUUAUAUUUCUUUGCGUUCAAGUCAUGAAGUAGAAAAUUCAUUCCCUUCUUCUGAAUUCAAGGUGACAUAGAUAGAUAAAAGAAAGAAAAUGGUUGUUGGUGUAGUAAAGGUAGAAGAUACUAUUACUGAAGAAAUUAUAACAAAAUUACCUGUUACUGAUGAAAAAGAUGAAGAGGAAAAUAAUUUGUGUAUUUCAUCAAUUGGAUUUUUGAAGAAGAAGAAGCUUAUUGUUCUUGAUUUAAAUGGACUUCUUGCUGAUAUUGUUUCUUCACAUCCAAAGGAGGUUACACCAGAUGCAACCAUAGCCAGGAACUCAUUAUUCAAGAGGCCUUUUUCAUUAUUCAAGAGGUCUUUUUCUCAUGAAUUUCUGAACUUCUGCUUUGAGAGAUUUGAAGUGGCUGUGUGGUCUUCACGAUCAAAGGAAACUGUUGACAGUAUCAUUGAUUAUUUGAUGGGAGACAUGAAACAAAUGUUGAUUUUCACUUGGGAUAUAUCACAUUGUACUGAAACAGCUUUCCAAACUGUUGAGAACAAGCGCAAGCCACUAGUUUGUAAGGAUCUAAGGAAAAUUUGGGACAAGUAUGAUCCAAAUCUUCCUUGGGAAAAGGGAUAUUACAAUGAAUCAAACACAUUGCUUUUGGAUGAUUCUCCCCACAAGGCAUUGCUUAAUCCUCCAUACAACUCAAUCUUUCCUCAUACAUUCAGUUAUGAGAAUCAGAAUGACAAUUCACUAGGGAUCGAACGCUAGAACUCCUGUAUAGACCUUAUGCUAUGCAUUAUUAAUAACAAGAAUUACUUUCUGUCAGCUGCCGGAGGCGAUCUACGCCAAUAUCUAGAAGGACUGGCAAGUGCUGAAAAUAUGGUGAAGUAUGUAGAACAACAUCCAUUUGGUCAAGAACGGAUCACUGAAACAAAUGAAUUUUGGGAUUUUUACCUCAAUGUUAUCAAUAGUAUUUCUGCUUGUCAACCUGAAAAGUGAAGACAUGGUUGCAUAUUUGAUGCCCCAUUUUGAGUAAUGUUUUUCUCUUUUUGGAUCACAUGUACAAGGACUAAAGAAAUUUGCAGAAAAAAAUUUCAUAAAUUAAUUUGCUAGAUUGUUUUGUGAUUACAUAUCUAUAUUGUUCCUAAAUUGAACAGCUGUGUACUAUUUGUGUUAUGAAACAUGACAUUCAUGGAA